CGGAGCUGCCUGUCCAACUCUGGGGGACCAAACAUUACGUCAGACAAGGGCCCCGGAAUGAGCAGGACAAUAUUUUUUGAGGUCGAAAUUCUAGAUUCAAACACCAAAGAACAGCUCUGUUUUCUUGACAAGGUUGAUCCCCAUUCAAGCAUAGGUGACAUUAAGAUUUUGUUUCACAAGUCAUAUCCCAAAUUGUAUCCAGCUAGACAAGCCCUAAGGCUGGACCCCAAAGGAAAAGCACUGAGAGAUGAUGAUGUACUGCAGAAUCUUCCUGUUGGGACCUCGACGACCAUGUAUUUUAGAGACCUUGGCCCACAAUUGGGAUGGACGUUGGUUUUUUUGGCGGAGUACAUUGGUCCCCUUCUGAUAUACCUCCUCUUCUAUGUCCGUGUCCCGUACAUCUAUAGCCACAAUUACGCCUUCACCUCCAGCUCUCAUACUGUGGUCAGUUUGGCUUGUGCUUGUCACUCCUUUCACUAUAUCAAGAGGCUAAUUGAAAUAAUAUUUGUGCAUCGGUUUUCUCAAGGCACGAUGCCUCUUAGAGCCAUUGUAAGGAAUUGUGCGUAUUACUGGGGUUUUGCAGCAUGGUUAGCUUACUACAUCAAUCAUCCUCUCUACACACCACCAUCAUACGGAGAGACACAGGUCAACUAUGCACUAAUUAUCUUUGUGUUAUGUGAGGCAGGUAAUUUCUCCAUCCACUGGUCAUUGAACAGUUUAAAAUGUGAAGGUACAAAAUGUCGGAGGUUCCCACAUCCAUCCAAAAACCCUUUUACAUGGCUCUUUUUCUUUGUAUCAUGCCCCAACUACACAUAUGAGGUAGGUGUUUGGCUGGGCCUGUCCAUCAUGACCCAGUGCGUUCCAGUGGCUCUCUUCACACUUGUAGGGUUCAUUCAAAUGACCAUCUGGGCCAAAGGAAAACACAAAAUUUACACCCAAGAGUUUAAGGACUACCCAACCCUCCGCAUGCCAAUCCUCCCCUUCAUCCUCUGACAUUCACAUAUACCAACUUAAGGUCAAAAUGCAGAGACAUUAUGAUUUUGGCUGAGAGAACUAUGACAUCUGAACAGCUGCAUGUAAAUGAAGCUAAUUUAUGACACCCUCAGGGCAGGAAUGUGAAAGUUAGA